GCCUCCUAUUGUUCCCCCAGCGCUCCCAUUGAUGAAGCCGAUAAUGUGAUUAAUAAGUUGAUAUCAGAUAUUGGAAAGUCCACUAGACCCCAGCAGCAGACAAUCCUCACAAAAAUCCUUAACCAGCCUGUUGGCAACGGAGACGCAGCCGUAGCACGCAAGAAAAUGGCGAACAAUAUGGUAGAGGAGGAAGGGUUACACAACAUCACUGCGCAUGGAACCACCACCAGCCCACUUACCAAACAUAUGGACGAGUCAUCUGGGGAUAACCCUGUAAAGAUAUUAUUGUUAUACUAUUUUGUUAAACAAUUAAUAGUUCGUAACGUUUAUACUGGUCAGAUGGAUGAGUUAAAACUUCCCGACGAAAAUUCGUUUUUACUCAUCGAAAUUCCAUCAUUUUCACUCGGACUAUCGCAGGAGGAAAUGCAUGUGCAAAAUGAUUAUGAAGUUACUCUACCCCCACUGUGCAUAGAGGCGAUGGACAGUACAACACAGUUCUCGAGGACCCAUGCGAGACUAGAAAGAGCAAGAGAAAUAGAAACAUUCCGCCUAUAUUCAAUGACUACCACUGUGAUCCCAAGAUCAAAGUGUUUUCAGGUCAAAACACCGACUAUGUUGACGAAGCAUACUUUUCUCUCCGAGAUAAGUUGGGGAAGAACAAGACUCUCACGGUUGCAAACGGUAUUCGGGAAUCAAGCGAGGAUUUGUGUAAUAUCGCCAAAGAUCCUAAAUACCCGAACCCGACCCGGACCCGAUAUGGACCCGAAAAAUUACAGGUAUUUUAUGAGUAUUUUAAUUAUAGAUCUGAACCGACCCGGACCCGAGAAGAACCGACCCGAACCCGAACCGAAAAUUUCUAAGUACCUACUAGGUCUAAAUAUUUAAGACCCGAAAAGACUCGGACCCGAAAGAAACCAGCCCGAACCCGACCCGAAAGGAACCGGCCCGAACCCGACCCGAAGACCCGAACGCGCAGACCUAACUUGAAACCCAGAAAAUAUCCAGCUGAAGAUAAUGACAACUCACGUGCUCCUCAUGUGCAUAUCAUUAAGUUUAGUAAAAGUAAAACCUUCUGCUGGACGAAGAUUCUUUCUUUCGGUCAGCAUAUUCGAACCUUCUGUUUGACUUAGAAGCUUAGGAGAUUGAUGACAUAAUCCGGAACCUGAGAAAUCCAAACAUUUGGAGACCGGGAAGAUGCGUCUCUAUGACCAGUGGAUAGAUUUUGAACAGUUGAGAAAGGAAGAACCUGACGAGAAUAGUCGUAUUCCUACAAAAGUGUAUUUUGGAACACCAGAAGAGGAUGCUUAUAGGAGAGACUUAACUAUAAAUAG